GUGAUCGCUGUAUAUACCUGGACUAAAGAACGUGCCUUGAGAACCGAAUUAUUUGUUACCAACUCGUACGAAAAAGAGUCGAGACCAACACCUUCUGUAGACAUAGAUUGUAACAUCAAACUUCUGUCACUUAACGAUCUGAACAUCAGAGAACAAACCAUGUCAACAGUGGCGUAUUUCUCAUUUACGUGGACAGAUUCCCGCCUGAGUUGGGAUACCAAUCCGGUAUAUAGUAGCGACAUCAACGCCAUCUACAGUACAGAGAGCAAAGUCUUUACACCUCCAAUAGUGGUGGAAAAUUCGGUCAGCAAUUUGGGAAUAAUCAGUGAUUUGACUUUACCGAUGAAGAUUCAACAGGAUGGAAAAAUCACGUGGUCUCCUGGUGAUGUCUAUGAAACAGCAUGUGACAUCGACACUUCGUUUUACCCAUUUGAUGAGCAGACAUGUGUAAUAACCCUAACAACUCGGGGUUAUUCCAAGUAUCAACUAAGUCUUACAUUGGACAAAGUUCCGAUCGUGCUGACAGCUUACCAAGAAAACGGAGAGUGGACUUUGGUUUCCACCGACUCGACAGUAACUAAAACACUUCGUGACUUGGUCCCCUACUCUCAUAUUAACUUCAGUUUCACCUUUAAGCGUCGUAAUUCUUUCCACCUUAUGAACACUAUUAUUCCAAUGUUUCUGUUGGUCGGCAUGACGUGUUUUGUAUUUAAGAUCCCAGUGGACGCUGGGGAGAAGUUGGGUUACUCUCUGACUGUUUUGUUGGCGUUUGCUGUGUAUUUAACGCUGGUGUCUGACAAUAUCCCCACAACUUCUACAAAUAUCUCAUAUCUUGCCGCUUACUUGAAUGUGAUGCUCGCCCUUGGUGUCUCGGCUGUACUCUUUGCUAUUUAUGUCAUUAAUAUCCAUUUAAAACCAGAGGAAGAAGAAAUUCCAAGGUAUCUUCAAUUUAUUGCAAAAAUUUCAUCAACAGUCUGUUGUUUCAAAGAAAUUGGUUGCUGCUGCAAAAAAGAUAAAACAGAAGUCACUGUCAUUAGUGAUACAGAAAACGAAGAUGUGAGAAAAUUGGGAAAGGGAUACGAGGAAAACGAAAAAUCAUUCACAUGGCAAGAAACAGCAAAGAUAAUGGAUAUGUUGCUAUUUCGCAUUUAUUUCUUUAUGUUUAUACUUAUGACACUUGCUUUUGUAAUUAUUAUGGCAAUCGGAUCUUUUAUAUGA